AGGAAGCACCUGCUUCCAACAAGGAGGUGGAGAAAAUGCUCUCAUGAAAAGGUCCAACUGCAGUGGUUGGCACUGAAACUUUGUGCAGGAGGUUGGAUUACUCUAAGAUUACACACAGGUUAUUUCAAUAAUCUUGUUGCUUUGCGGUUUUCCUCCUUUUUUUGUUUUGUUUCCAGGAAUCUGUGGUGUGACCAAAACCAUUCAGUGUACAAUAUGGAUUGCCUUUGUGGUGAAGUGGUUGUUACAGUUUAGGAUAAAUGUAGUUUUUCGGCUUUAUGUCAGCUUCCAUUCGUGUUUUAACGAUGAUGGUCUUUGCUUCUGCAUCUGUGCCGCAUUUUAAUGCACCACAAACUGUUGCCAGAGUUGGCUGCCUUGGGAUAGGCGAUGCGGUUUUAUCAGACAGCCACGGACCGCAAACAGGAGCACAGGAGAUACGUGGAGACACUUCUGGACUUGGAUUUAUUUGAUCGGAAAGUAGAGGCAGCUUUCUGAGAGAGCAGUGGACACAAAUGCAUAGACAGCGGCACCGUCAGUUGUAAAAGUUGGACUGAAAGUGCACAUUAAGUAAAGCAAACUGAUGCGCUUAAGAAGGGAUGCCAGCCAGGCGUGGCUUGUGUCUGAAUAUCCAAUGUGAGAAUGCGUGGGGAGUAUGUAUAUAAUAGAGUCUUUCCAUUUGAUAAACAGAGAUAUCAAACUCAUGAUUAUAGCAAAGGACUAUCAAUAAACUGAGAGGACUCCGCUGAUUUGGAGGAGCACGGCGCGCUGGGUACGCUUUUUUGGCGUGCAUGGACCGGACUUGUGUAAACUUUUCUCCCUCCUAAACCCACCGUACAUCCUAAAUGCCUUCGCUAAAUUUGACAGCUGUGCACACAAUGGGAGAGGUCGGGAGUUUUCUGGGGACACUCGACUUGGAUUUACAAAGCUUUCCUGCUCUGGGGAAUAUGCCCUUACCAGAGUCUCCAGUAGGCUUGAAUGAGCGGCUGGGGCAGAUUGAAGGCAGGCUGCAGCGGGGGUCGCCGACAGAUUUCGGGCACCUCAAAGGGAUCCUGAGGCGGCGGCAGCUCUACUGCAGGACCGGCUUUCAGCUGGAGAUAUUCCCCAAUGGCACGGUGCAUGGGACAAGACAGGACCACAGCAGAUUUGGUAUCCUGGAGUUCAUCAGUCUGGCAGUGGGUCUGGUCAGCAUCAGAGGGGUGGACGCUGGUCUCUACCUCGGCAUGAAUGAGAAAGGAGAGCUCUAUGGGUCGAAGAAGCUGACAGCAGAAUGCGUGUUCAGGGAGCAGUUUGAGGAGAACUGGUACAACACUUACGCUUCAACUCUGUACAAGCACACGGACACAGGACGCUUCUAUUACGUGGCUUUAAACAAGGACGGCUCGCCAAGGGAGGGUGGCAGGACUAAGAAGCACCAGAAACUCACCCACUUCCUACCCAGACCGGUGGAGAUUGAGAAGAUCCCUCAGGCCUACAGGGACUUAUUCCAGUACAGGUGA